GGACGAGGAUGGCGUCUGCAGAUGAUUUUCUUAAGCUUCAGUAAGCGUUUGGGAUAAAACGAAGAAAUAUGACAUAAUUAUUUCGUAUUUAUAUACAAUUUUGUUUAAUUUUAAAAUGGAAUAUAUCAUUAUAGGUUAGUUGACGAUCAUGUCGGAAUCAGAACCUCCGCCUCCACCAGCCCCUCCUCCUCCGUAUGCCAUAUUCUCGUCUCUACCAUCCCUCUUAGCUGAUAUAGAAGAUGGAGACGAAGAUGUGGACGGGGAGCCGGUCAGGAGGGUUGGUUCCCUCAUGUGGCAAGCCGGAGUCGACGUUGAUUGGCAAGAAAGGUGCUUCCAAUUGGAAUUAUCGCUUCACAGGUUCCGUAGACAGGCUGCCAAAAUAAGGGAGCUUCUUAGGGAAAAGUUGACUGAGCUUGAAAGGAGAGUAGCUGAAGCUGAAAGACGUGCAGAAGAUGCAGAAGAAAGGGCUCUAUUAAUGGAACAAAAAUUACCUCAACCUGGUUGGAAAAGUGAACAACAAAGUGAAAGUGGUGUUCCUACAAAUCAAGAUAUUAAUAAAUUAGAAAAAUCAUGUAGAGAAAAAGAUAAAAUAAUUUCUACUCUUGAGCAGCAAGUAACUGAACAGAAAAAACUUCGAAUGCAAGAGGCAAAACAAGUAGAAGCAAAAGCAGCAAAAAUAAAAGAAUGGGUUACACACAAAUUGAAAGAGCUGGAAGAACAAAAUCAGCAUUUACGUGAACAGAAUCAAAAAUGCAAUAAGCAAUUGGAAUUACUUAAAAAUAGGUUGACUCAGCUCUCUCAACUCAGUCCUAAAUCUCAUCAAAUUCAUCAUGAUCAUUCAUCUGAAGUAUAUGCUAAUUAUAAUAUUAUUAUAUAGAUUAAUAUAUUAUAAAUUUUAUUUCAAUUAACCCAUGAUUACAUGCUUUAUUUUUUAACACACGUACAUGUGUAAGGUGGUGAUUUUCUGCUGAUUUUUCAAGCAUAAUUACUCUGCAUGUAAUUCUCAUUCCUCAAGUUUGACAAGUCUGAAAAAUCUGUAAUAUGUCUGCACAAUCAAAAUUUUCAACAGCGUAUGAAAAUUAUUUUUAUAUGUUGUUUAGUUUACUAGAUAUUAUCCUCUAAACAAUUCUUUGAAACUUUACAUUGGCAUGGGUUAAUUUGAAGCAAGUUCAGCUGAUAAUAAAUGAUAGGAGGGAUGAGGUGUUUCUCAGAAGAAUCAGAAAAUUAUUUUUCUAUAUUUUUUGGAAUAAAAUACAUGCAAAAACAUUUUGAAAUAAAGCUGUAAAAACAUUUACUGUAAAUUGUUGAAAGUUGUAAGACCUCAGGCUGUCUUACAUAAACAAGCAUUCAAGGUUGUAGCAACUCGUAGAGCACUGUGUCA